UACCACUGCUACCACUGAUUCUUACCAGUAAGUUACGAACCGUGCGGAGACGUAUAUCGUUUUUUAUAGGAGGACAUUUUAGUCAUACCCAAUUUUCCUGCUCGCACUACGUAUAUUGCUACGCAAAAAUAUGAUCUAAAAGAAGAUAGCAAGGAUUGCUAUCACUGAUAUCUUAUGUACGUUUGAUAAUACAAUAUUAAUUACAUAGUGCUUAUGAAUGACAAUAAAGUUCGCCUAAAAGUUCUUUGUUAGUUUUCAAUUCGAAAGUAAUCGGUGAAGCGUUAGGCAAAAGAAGAACUAGAAAAAAAGAAAGUUGUGGAAAAAAAAAAGAUAGGAAGAAUAAACUAAAAGUGCAACGAAAAAAAUAAAUACGAAUAAUCGUGAAAAGAAUGUGAGAGGCAAGAGGAAUCGGUGAGUCCAGGUAUUGCCCUGUGAUUCACGGUCAGUUUUAAAAUGGAUCACGCGAAUCAAGCUGAAACUGACCUUAUGAAAAAUAACGCGUUUUCGAACAAGUCUACAGGCUCGCGCAUAACGAGAAAUUGUUCGCGAUGUCGAAAUCAUGGAUUAAAAGUUUCCCAGAAGGGCCACAAGAAGGAUUGUAUGUACCGAAAUUGUGUUUGCGUAUUUUGUAAACUUUUUUCGCCUCGACGGAGCACGAAGUCAAGACGUAUUCGACUAAAAACUCCCACUUUAGACAAGGAUUCAACAUCACUCUCAAUAGACUGGUGGUCCUUUGUCGGCUCGUGGCCACAAUCCGCGAAGAAUCUCAAGGGAAGUUAUGACAGCAGCAGCAGCGACUUGUCGGUCAGCAAUCACGAAAGCAACGAAACUCAAGACGGGAACAACGAUGUUACCAGAAUUACUUCCUCAACGAAACCAGUAUCUUCUAAAAAGUUGCCUUCAGCAACAAAGUCCUUGCCGCAAUGGCAGAACGGGACGGAUUCUAAUGUAUCUUCGGAUGCAUCUUCUUCGACUUCGAACAACGGCAACAUCUUGCGUACAGCAAAGACGUGCUCACUCUGCCGCAAUCACAAUAUUGUCAAUAUUUAUAAGGGUCACAAGAGGUAUUGCCAGUAUCUAUAUUGUUUUUGUCCACCUUGUUGUAAAACCCGUAAGAACCGGAAAAUAAUGGCGGCACAAACUGCAGUUAACAGGGCACGUAUCCAAGACGAGGCACAAAUAGAAAAGUUAUAUAAGCUGAUGAAGCCGAAAAUACCUCCGCAACAAGUAAAUCAUGUACCAACUAUUUCACAACCAGCGUGGAGCGUCGAAGGCAAUUAUGGUGGCGAUGGCAUUAACAAUUUAGUUAAUACUCCGACUCUGAGAAAAGUGCCAAUUGAUCCAAUGAAUCCUUUUUUGAUCGAUUCGAUUCAAUCAGAACCUGGCGUCGACGUCGAAAUUAUAUUAGCACGCAGCAUGACUCUUCUGCAACAAUUCCAAAAUCCUUGGGAUAUUCUGACACUCUUGUAUGUUACUGUGAAGUAUGCCGGUGCAAAUCUCUACGAGGCUAUCAGACGUAUUCAUGAAGUCGAACAAUGGAUACUGGAGAUUUAUUCUAUGCUAGAAAGAUAUAUAAAAGAGUAUAUUUUAUUUGUUUUAUAUAAAAUUCAUACUAUUUAUAUACUAGUCUUAAAUUAAUUCAAAAUUUAAUU